GACAUAUAUAUCUAUUGUGUUAUGUUUCCACGUUUAAGUAUGAAAAUAUGUCUUAUAUUUAAAAAAUGCAAGAGGAAAAUAUUGACUGUAUCGGAUGAAUACGCUACGUCGAGUUACAUGCCUUGUAUAUAUAUCAUAUAGUAAACGGGUGCUGGAUAGUAAGUUAGUUGUUGAUGAUCAAGGGAUAAUUUGACCAUUAUUGACUUGGCAAAUGUGCCGUUCGCCUGUGCUUCAAAUUCAUUAUACAUUUAUCUUUUAUGCCACAGGUUGAAAUAUAUAACAUUUACAGCAAAUGCAUACGUUAUUUUAGAUCAUCUUAUGUUAAAAGGGAAAUUUUUCAGUGUGCGUUAAUAUUUAAUUUCCCGGAAAUAACCUCUUGAAACUUGUUUAGUACCAUAUCUAAAGAAUCUGGACAAUUGUAUCAUUAUGUGCGCUUUUGGAAGAGAAGCAAAAUGGUUUUGAAAUUACUGUGUAUGUUGUAUAGUGUUGGAUAUUGCGUUCUUGGACAAUACGUGUAUGAUUAUAACAAUGACACAUAUGAUAAUACGUCGUUCACAUAUGAUGACGUUAACGACACAUACCAGUAUUAUGAUUACUAUGAUGAUGAUGAUUCAAGCAGCUUGAAACUUGAAUGUUACAAAUGUAUAAACUGCAGAGAUCCUUUUGAUCCUACAACAGCUGAAACAGUGAUGUGUAAACAUUCAUGUUUAAAGUAUCAUCGACUUGGUAGACGUCAUAACAGUAAUAACGCCGAAGAUAAGGGCGUUUUCCGAGGAUGUGGUUUUACCAAGGAAGAUAAGUGCAAUGAAGAUUCAAAUGGUUAUUUAUGGUGUCAUUGUGCCAGUCAGUACUGUAAUAGAGCCGAAAAUGUAAAGAUACAAGCUCUGAUGUGUUUUACUGUCUCAGCGUUUCUAGCAGCUGCAAAGAAAUUCUUGUUUUGAAACAUUUCUUGAAGUGUAUGAAAUUAAGACAGACAUUUGUUUACUAUUCAUAUCCUGUAACACAAGGAUGUGAAAAUGAAACAGGAACUGUGCAUAUCUAUAUCCGUAAAAAUACAACACAGAAAGUAAAAAUACAAAAUUUUCUUAUUAAGUCCAUUCAAGUGAAAAUGGUCAGAGAACUGGUAAAAAUAAGUUACUUGACAUUUUGCCAUGAUUGUGUUUAAUUUUGUAUUUUACCAAAAAUUCAAUAAACCAAAUGUCUAGUGGGGCAGUCUUCUUAUACUUUAGGUAGUUUUUAAUAUUUUAUCAUUCUUUUAUACUUAAGGAAGUUUUUUUAUAAUUUAUCAUUUUUCAUCAUCAAUUAUUGAUUAAUGACCAUUGUAAUAGCAAAUUAUUUAAAAUAUAUUCCUUAUAACUAAACUUGAUAGCAAUAAAAAUGAGCAUAAUGUUACUUUAAUCAAAUUGAAACAUACGACCAGCCGUAUAUAUAUAUGGAACGUCAGAACUGCCUUCGAGACACAUUUUUUAAGCGGAAAUUUUUUUUAAAAUUUCAUGUCAUCAUUUUUUUUUUAUUUCAUGUUUGACGUCAUAUUACAUAUAAACAUUCCUCUUUUAAAGCUACAUACAAAUCUAUUUCAUAAUAACGCACCCGACACUGCUCUAUAUUUGGUAAUAAGAGAUAAUUCGAAACACAUUAGAGUGAAAAAUAAUAAUGUUGGAGAUUUGUUUAAAUCAUAAAAUGUACAAAAUAAGUAGUUAUACAAAAACUUAGAAAAUGCAAUAUUUACACAUACAGUGCACCUCUCCAGAGCAGCUUUCUGUACAGCAAUUACCUCUGUAUAAUAGCAGUAUCAACGUUUCCCAAAUAAAUAUUUCACAAUAAUACUUACCCCUGUAGAGUAACAACUAUCAGCAACUAUCAAAAUAUAUGUCUCACAAAGAAUAUUGCUGUACAUAGGUAGUUUUUUUGUAAUUAUCUUAAUAAUCAUAUAAGUCAGUAUUCAGUAAAUAAUUACGGCAUAGAUCACAAUUAUAUUUACUAUUCGUUUUAUGUAUUAUUUGUUUUCAGUCAUGUAUAAUUAUUGUUGCAAUUUUAAAAUGCAGGGGAAGUAAACACGAGUCAUAUGCUUUUAAAAGUUUGUAAGAGUAAUGUAGAUCUUUACUUGUUCAGUGUUAUAUCGUUCACUGUUAUGUAUCAUACGAUUUUACAUUGACUAUUUUACAUUGAUGUACUCUUUCACUUUGUUUACCAUUUUGUCGAAUAUAAUUGCCAAUAUUAAUUCAUAUGUUUAUUUACUAAAAAAAAGUGACUAUGAGCUAUAAUGGCUUUGUCAAUUUCGUAGUGUGCUAUUUGUGAAAGAAUAAAGCUUCUUCUUUUUC